AUGUCUCCUCAUCCUGACAUUGUCGAUCAAAUACUUACGCGCACCAAAACCAAGGACAUGGGUACAGCAACUACACAGUCAGGCAUCGAGCCGCCCUCGGGUAUCCAGGGCAAAGGAACAGUGGACGAGCCGUACGAUCAAGGCAAUGCGCCAGAGGAGAUAGGCGUGCAGUCAGGCCAAGAGCCGCUCUCGGGCGUGCAAGGCAAGGGCACAGCAGCGGAGCCCUAUGAUCAAGGAAAUGCUGGAGAGAGCACCGCGUCCUCACAACCGACCAAUACCUCCAACUCGAACGGAUCUCUAGACCCGAAAGCCGCUUCGAACAAGGCUACUGACGAGCAAGCGCACCCAUCCAGAAAACGUAGCGAGCAGCGUGAUGUUAGUCCAGGUACAAUGCCGGACGGCUCGCACGCGAGGACGAGUGGUGACCGCGGAGAGAGUUAUGAACCUUCCAAGGGACUCAACAGACUUAAGGGGAAGUUAGGGAUGGGAAAGCAUUAA